UCCAAAACCAAACUGGCAUAAUUAAAUUUGUAUGAUUAGAUAUUCAAUAAACUGACUUUGCCGAAAUGAAUUCGGCAGCCAUCGUAAGCUGUUCCACAUCAAUGAUUAUGUGUCGUUAAAUGUUUAAACGUAAUUUAGACUUUACAAUUGAUUUUAUGUGGAACAUGCUAGACAUGUCAUACAAAGCAGCUAUAUCUCUUCUGGCAAGGUCAAAGGCCUUUUUUUUUUUUUUUGCUACAGUUAAGAUUUAUGUUGCAGUUAACGCCUCAUUCCAAAUGGACAUUAAGAGUGCAAAGGUACUUAGCAAGGCCUGAGCACGUUCUUGGCACAAACUUGACGUGGUUUUACUGGUGCGCAUGCGCAACCGAUCAAGGUAUCAUCGCGGCAUCCAAACGUGUUGCUCAUCGCGUAGGUUAUGUCCCCGAGGAGUGCGUUUCCCCGGGCCUAGCGUAUAUAAAAGCCUUGCGUCAGAUGGUCAGGUCAAGCGUCAGCCAGAUCAGUCUAAGUGAAUUGAGAGAGUGGAUUUUUAUUUCGGCUUUCGUCUCUUACGAAACAGCAUGGCUGCAAGGGGAUUUCGACAGUUGGCAGGCACUUGUCGCACAGGGUGCCUACACUGCAGGCUAAGACUUGUGAUGGAAAUGCAGAGAAUAACACCCGUCGUCUCUACCAUACAUGCCAGACAGAUUUGUUAUACCCAACCCCGCCCUGCUGUCAGCGCAAUUAUUGCUGAAGCCAAAGAACGGUCGAAGAGAGAAGACUACGAACAUUUUCGGAUGAAAGAGUACCGUGAAGCUGACGAGAAAGCAGGCAAACACACGUCCGGAGACGACUACCUUCUACCGCACCCUGUCUGGACCGAAAAAGAGCUGAAGUCUGUAGAAAUUUCUCAUCAUAUACCGGAGUGUAUCACAGAUUAUUUUGCGUAUUACACCAUUCAAGGUAUCAGAGGAGCAUUUGAUUUUGUCACAGGGUUCAACCGAUCCAGAACUGAACACAAAUGGGUCAACCGUAUUAUGUUCCUGGAAACCGUAGCUGGAGUUCCAGGAAUGGUGGCAGCCAUGGUCAGACAUCUGAGAUCUCUAAGAAAAAUGCUUCCAGAUCACGGUUGGAUACACACAUUAAUAGAGGAAGCAGAAAACGAGAGAAUGCACCUCAUGACAGCCAUACAACUAAGGCAGCCAGGACUGCCCUUCAGACUGGGUGUCAUUGGAGCGCAAGGCGGAUUCCUGGUAUUCUUUGCAAUAAGUUACUUGAUCAGUCCUCGUUAUUGCCAUCGUCUGGUCGGAUACCUCGAGGAGGAGGCGGUGAAGACCUAUACAAAGUGUUUGCGGGACAUAGACGCAGGUUGUUUAACAGAAUGGAACAUAAAACCUGCUCCACCCAUAGCCAUCAAGUACUGGAAUAUGAGUCCCAAUGCCGUAAUGCGUGACGUCGUUCUCAACCUUCGAGCAGACGAGACCACCCACCGCGAGGUGAAUCACUCCUUUGCGAACAAUAUGAGGAACCCCCACGUACAUAAUCAGUUUAAGCCAGGAGACAAGGCCAUCAAUGCAGAUCAGUGUAGACACACGGGUCCUUGUAAAUGUAAAGUUUAGUGGGAAAAUACAAAAACCAGAACCAGUGAUGGAAGAUGAGGGGGUCACACCUAAGAAAUAAGGCGGGCCCGCCAUAAAACCCAGGACCACUUAAGGCAGAUGAGGGGGUCACACCAAAGAAAUAAAGCGGGCCCGCCAUGACCAAUCCGUUUUGCAAAUAUCCAAGAUAAAGCUACCCAAGUUUGAUGAAGAUCACUCAGAAAAUAUUGUAAAACAAAUAAGUAAAUAGGCCUACAGUCCUAUGGACAAUGAGUGAUCUAUGUAAAAGAUCUGUGGAAGAAACCGUUCCAAAUCUGAACCUAAGACUAUGACAAGGUAAAAAGGACGACAAACAUCAACUUCAGUAGGUUCAAUAAGACAGUUAGUCUUGUUAUAAUGCUCUUAAAAAAUCUACCUCACAAAACCUGCGCUGUCAGCGACUGGACACUUAAACUUGCAUUCUAAGAACUCAGAAAACGAUAAGAUCUGUAAGAAGCAGCAUAUAGGCUUUUAUUUGAUAGUGAUAUUGGUGAAAGCUGCACUAGGGCUUUAGACGUGCUCUAAUUAACAAUUAGAUGUAUCCGGGUCACAUUUAUGUAUUAAUUUAUUGAUGUUCGAACGAUAUUGUUUAUCCAAGAAAAUAUAGCCUACAUUUUUCCUUUUUUUAUUGAUGUAUUCCUAUUUACGUUAAACA